AAUCCCAUUUUAUAUUCCAUCAAGCAAAACACAUGUCAUGGGUGACGCUGGCGGCUGCUGCUGUAAACUUUUAAACUGGAAACAGAAGAGUAAAGCCUCCACUCCAAAAUGAGCUGGUGGUGGGCUGGAGCUAUUGGCGCUGCCAAGAAAAAGCAUAAGUAUGAUGAUCAUGAAGCGCCAAGAAGCUUCAAAAGCGUGGGAUUGGUGAUUGGCGUGACCGGCCUAGUGGGCAACAGCCUUGCCGAAAUCCUCCCCCUCCAUGACACGCCCGGAGGUCCCUGGAAGGUCUACGGAGUCGCACGCCGUCCACGCCCAGAUUGGAGCGUUGACCACACCGUUGAAUACAUCCAAUGCGACAUCUCCGACCCAAUUGACGCCCAAACCAAGCUCUCUCAGUUGACCGACGUCACCCACAUCUUCUACGUCACCUGGACCAGUCGCUCCACCGAGGCCGACAACUGCGAGGCCAACGGCGCCCUACUGCGCAACGUCUUGAGCUCCGUGAUUCCAAACGCGCCAAAUCUCAGCCACGUGUGCCUCCAGACCGGCACCAAACACUACGAUGGGCCGUUGGAGGCGUACGGCAAGGUAGCUCCCCAUGACACGCCGUCUACGGAGGAUUUGCCCCGAUUGAAUGUCCCGCUUUUUUAUUACACCCUCGAAGAUGUGUUGUUUGAAGAGGUGGAGAAGAAAGAGGGCUUGACCUGGUCCGUACACCGACCCGGACUUAUUUUCGGGUUUUCACCUUAUGUCAUGCUGAGCAUUGUGAGCAUGCUUUGCGCGUACGCUGCUAUAUGCAAGCACGAGGGGUUGCCGUUGAGAUUUCCGGGUAGCAAAGCUGGUUGGGAUUCGUAUUCGGAGGCUUCAGACGCGGAUCUGAUAGCGGAGCAGCAAAUAUGGGCGGCGGUGGACCCGUAUGCCAAAAACGAAGCGUUUAAUAUCAACAAUGGGGACGUGUUUAGGUGGAAGCAGUUGUGGAAGGUGUUGGCGGAGGAAUUUGAGAUUGAGGAGUACGGGUUUGAUGAGGGGUUUAGCUUGGUGGAGAUGAUGAGGGACAAAGGUGGAGUGUGGGAAGAGAUUGUGGGGGAAAAUCAGCUGCGACACGCAAAGUUGGAGGAGGUGGGGCUGUGGGAGGUUGUGGAGGUUGUAUUGGGUGGGGGAGCUGAGUUGUCUAGCAUGAACAAGAAUAAAGAGCACGGGUUUUGCGGGUUUAGAAACACCAGGAAUUCCUUUGUUUAUUGGAUUGAUAAAAUGAAAGCUCACAAGAUUGUGCCACUCCGAACUCCCAAUCCUAACUCCAAUCAAUUUCCCUUCUCUUCAUUUCUUCUUUCUUUUCUCCCAACUUUACCCAAAAUCAUGAGCUGGUGGUGGGCUGGAGCUGUUGGCGCUGCCAAGAAAAAAUUUGACGAAGACGAAGCACCGCGAAGCCCCGAGAGCGUAGGUCUCGUGAUCGGCGUCACCGGCAUAGUCGGCAACAGCCUCGCCGAAAUCCUCCCGAUCUCCGACACCCCCGGGGGUCCAUGGAAGGUCUACGGCGUCGCACGCCGUCCCCGCCCGAACUGGAACGCCGACCACCCCGUCGAGUACAUCCAGUGCGACAUCUCCGAUGCCGACGACGCCAAGGCCAAGCUCUCUCCGUUAUCCGACGUCACCCACAUCUUCUACGUGACCUGGACCAACCGAUCCACCGAGGCCGAGAACUGCGAGGCUAACGGCGCUAUGUUCCGCAACGUCUUGAAUUCCGUCAUCCCAAACGCACCCAAUCUCCGCCACGUGUGCCUCCAGACCGGGGCCAAGCACUACGUCGGGCCGUUCGAGGCGUUCGGAAAGAUCCAGCCCCACGAGCCGCCCUUCACGGAGGACCUGCCCCGAUUGGACUACCCGAAUUUCUACUACACCAUGGAAGAUUUGUUGUUCGCUGAGAUGGAGAAGAAGGAGGACUUGACUUGGUCCGUCCACCGACCCGAUGCGAUUUUCGGGUUCUCUCCGUACAGCAUGAUGAACAUCGUCGGCACGCUCUGCGUGUACGCCGCCAUCUGCAAGCACGAGAGAGUGCCGUUAAAGUUCCCGGGAAGCAAAGCGGCGUGGAACUGCUACUCGGUGGCUUCGGAUGCGGAUCUGAUAGCGGAGCAGCACAUAUGGGCGGCGGUGGACCCGUAUGCCAAAAACGAAGCGUUUAACAUAAACAAUGGAGAUGUGUUUAAGUGGAAGCAUUUCUGGAAGGUGUUGGCUGAGCAAUUUGGGAUUGAGGAGUAUGGGAUUGAUGAGGAGGAGGGGGCGAAGCUGAGCUUGGUGGAGCUGAUGAAGGGGAAGGAGAGAGUGUGGGAGGAGAUAGUGAAGGAGAAUCAGCUGCAGCCCACAAGGUUGGAGGAGGUUGGGGUGUGGUGGUUUGUGGAUGCUUGGUUGGGUGGGGAGGGAUUGUUGUGUAGUAUGAACAAGAGCAAGGAGCAUGGGUUUGUGGGUUUUAGAAACUCCAGGAAUUCAUUUGUCACUUGGAUUGAUAAAACGAAGGCUUUCAAGAUUGUGCCUUGAUCUUGAAUUGGGGUUUGAGGAUGUUGUGAUGGUGUUUUUUUUUUUUUGGGUCUGGAAAAUAUGUUUGUUGUGGUUUGCUUGUUCCUGUUCUACAUGAAUUCUAAAAUAAUCGUAGCAGGUCGAGAGCAGGUACCACAGUGGUGGCCUACCCCUUCCCCCUGCUUGACACCUAGGUUUAGGUGUCAAAACCCCAAGGGGUUUCUUUCCUCCUACUGUAACCCCGAAAAAAAAAAAAAAAAAAAUCGUAGCAGAUACUUGUGCUUGUUUUUGAAGUACCAGCGAUUAAUGUACAACGUGCAAGUGAUGGUGGAUGGCAUGUGACAUAUUUUCUGCUUUAAACA